AUGAACAGGGGCCUAGGAGCACCCUGCCAUGCCACCUCCCACUCCCUGCCUGGUGCCACCCAUGGAAAGUUCAGGGACGAGGCCCAGCACAGAGGGAGGAAGGACAGCAGAGCUCACACAUCAGACAGCAGUGCUUGUGAGCAUUUCUGGAGCCGAAGCUCUUCUCACAGAGGGAGGGACACAGCAGACAGCAGACACCAUGCAGCCCUCCUCAGCCCCCCCCCCCCCGCCCGCAGAGGGCGCAUCCCCUGGAACAGGCUCCUGCUGGCAGUCUCAAUCUUAACCCUCUGGAAACUGCCCACCACUGCCCAACUCACUAUUGAAUUGGUGCCCUUCAAUGCUGCAGAAGGGACGGAUGUUCUCCUACUUGUCCACAGUGUGACGGAAGAUAUUCUAGGCUAUGCCUGGUACAGAGGAGAAAGGGUACAGAGAAAUCAACUAAUUGCAUUAUGUAGAAUAGACAGUAGUGCAAAUGCCACUGGGCCUGCACACAGCGGUCGACAGACAAUAUACGCCAAUGCAUCCCUGCUGUUCCAGAACAUCACCCAGGAAGACACAGGAUACUACACGCUGCUUGUUAUAAAGACUGAUUUACAGACUGAAAGUGUAACUGGACAACUCCGCGUAUACCCGGUGUUACACACACCUGUCAUCACCAGCAACAACUCCAACCCCAAGGAGCACGAGGACACGGUAGUGUUAACCUGUGGACCUGAGACGCAGAACACCUCCUACAUGUGGUGGAUCAAUAAUCAGAGCGUCCCUGACAGCACCAGGAUGGAACUGUCCAAGGACAACAGGACUCUCCUUUUAUUCCAUGUCACAAGGAAUGACGCAGGUCCCUAUGUGUGUGAAACCCAGAACCCAGUGAGUGUCGGCCUCAGUGACCCAUUCACCCUGAAUGUUUUCUACCCAGUGGCACAGCCCUCCAUCGCAGCCAGCAGCCCCACAGUCGUAGAACAUGAGGAUACCGUGGUCCUGACCUGCCUCACAAAUGACACUGGGAUCUCCAUACACUGGUUCUUCAAUGGCCAGAGUCUACUGCUCACAGAGAGGAUGACGCUGUCCCUGGACCACAGCACCCUCACCAUACACCCUGUCAGGGGGGAGGAUGCCGGGGAUUAUCAGUGUGAGGUCUCCAACCCAGGCAGUGCCAGCAAAAGUGACCCCUGUAGGCUGAGUGUGACCUGUGACAGCACUGCCCCUUCAACUGGCCUCUCAGGUGGUGCUAUUGCCGGCAUCGUGACUGGAGUCCUGGCUGGUGUAGCUCUGAUAGCAGCCCUGGUGUAUUUUCUGUGUAUGAGAUAG